GUCUCUCUUCUUUUUUCUAUUUUCUUUCAACACACUCGAAUAUGGCGCGAUCAGGAUCUCCUAAUGAAAUGGACGGCGGCUUGGAAGCAAAUGCCAUUACUGAAGAGAAGCUCAUCAAUGAGGAGUACAAGAUCUGGAAGAAGAAUUCACCUUUUCUCUACGACCUUGUUGUUACUCAUGCUCUUGAGUGGCCCACAUUGACCUGCCAAUGGUUGCCCGAUAUUGAGAGACCUGAGGGCAAGGACUACACUGUACAGCGUCUGUUGAUUGGAACGCACACAUCAGAUAAUGAUCAAAAUUAUCUUCAGAUUGCUCAGGUUCAGCUUCCAUCGGACUCUACGCCAAUAGACACUCGCAAAUUUGAUGAUGAACGCGGAGAGGUCGGCGGCUUCGGAGGGACAGAGUGCAAGAUCAGUGUGACGCAGAGGAUCAACCAUGAGGGAGAGGUCAACAGAGCACGAUACAUGCCUCAGAAUCCUGAUAUCAUUGCCACAAAGACAGUAUCGGGCGACCUCUUUAUUUUUGAUCGUACUCGCCAUCCAUCACAACCUGCUGCUGGGGGUGUCUGCUCACCAGAGAUCCGCCUAAAGGGACAUACCAAAGAAGGAUAUGGUCUUUCAUGGAACCCUAACCUACAGGGACAUUUGAUCAGUGCUUCGGAGGACACCACUGUGUGCCAUUGGGACAUCAAUGCGGCUACUAAGGAGAAAAAGGUGCUGGACGCUCUUAGAAUCUAUCGUGGCCACACUGCCGUUGUCGAGGAUGUUGCCUGGCAUGCUCUUCAUGACAGUCUGUUUGCCUCUGUCGGCGAUGACCAACGCAUGUUAAUUUGGGACACUCGCUCGACAUCUUCUGAUAAACCUGUUCACAACAUCCACGCUCACGUCGCAGAGGUUAAUUGUGUGGCAUUUAGUCCCAGCAGUGAGUUUAUUUUGGCUACUGGAUCUGGCGACCGCACAGUAGGUCUUUGGGAUCUUCGCAAUCUGAAGAUCAAGCUGCACUCGUUCGAAUCUCAUCAAGAUGAGAUCUUGCAAUUGGCCUGGUCACCCCAUAAUGAGACUAUUUUGGCUUCUGCAGGAGGAGAUCGUCGCAUCAAUAUUUGGGACCUUAGCAGGAUUGGAGAGGAGCAGACCGCUGAAGAUGCUGAGGAUGGUCCACCAGAGCUUUUGUUUGUUCAUGGAGGACAUACCAACAAGGUUUCAGACUUUUCAUGGAACAUGAACGAGCCUUGGGUCAUUGCCAGUACUGCUGAGGAUAAUAUCUGCCAAGUUUGGCAAAUGGCAAGUAAUAUCUAUAAUGCUGACGAUGCCGAAGUUCCAGCGAACGAAUUGGAAUAA